AUGCCGCUUGCUCCCACGAUCAAUCUGGAAGCCCGACGCACUAUUGAAAAGGCGUUUAAAGAUCUAGAAAGCACGGUAUCAGCUAGCGAUCGCAUAAGCCUUCAGGAUACAACUCUUGACGAUGUACGAAAAGCAGCGCACCUUGUCGAAGAUGAACUUGCGGCUCGCCAAUCACUUCGCAAUAUGAGGAGACUUGAACCUCUUUUCACGGGUUUGGAGUAUUACUCUAAAACAAUCGAGGUCUUAUGCAACGGGGCUCCAUAUAUGCCGUGGAUAUGGGCUCCAAUCAAACUCGUUCUUAAAAUCUCCUCUGACUACAUUGAAGGAUUUGAGAAAAUUAUCAAGGUCUAUUGCCAAAUCGCCGAACCACUAAAAAGGUUCCAGAAGCUCAAUCGCGCAUUUUAUAGCGACAAAGAUAUCCAGCAGACUCUUGCCAUCUUUUAUUCAGAUAUUCUAAAAUUCCAUAAGGAAGCGUAUCAGUUUAUUCGCCGGAGUUCCUGGCGACUACUAUUUCUUACAUCAUGGGGACGUUUCCAACGGCGUUUUGAAGGUAUCAUCCAAGACUUGAAAGCUCACGAAGAACUAGUUGACAAGAUGGCUAUUGCCACUAACAUUGCCGAAUCAAAAGACUGGCGAAAGGAACUCAGGCAAGAAAUGGAAAGCUGGAGACAGGAACAAGUGGAAAGAAUGGCUAAAGAAGAGACCGAAGAGGUCGUAAGGCAAUACCUUGCAAUCACCAGCUACCUCAAGGUCGAUGAUUCUAUAAGCGCCAAAGUCUUUGAUGCCAUUGCUUCAGAGGCUGUUGACAGUGUCGGGACAAGCAGCUGGAUCUUAGGCCAGUCUGAAAUACAGGCUUGGUUAAGAUGUCACCCCUCUUCCACAUUCAUGCUUCUUCACGGGCGUCCCGGAAGUGGGAAGAGUGUGCUGGCCACGCAGAUUGUCCAGUUCCUCCAGGCAUCUCAACAAUCACUAGUCAUGUCACAUUUCUGCACAUAUGCUUACGAAGAGUCGAUGGACUAUGACAAGCUAUUGAAGAGUCUUCUUCUGCAACUCAUUCGCUCCGACAAAGACCUCAUAGAUUAUGUGUAUGAUAUGUUGCUGCGCAAAAGCAGGGUCCCCAGCUCUAAAAUCGUCGAAGCACUCAUUUUGGAUUCUGUGCGUGCCUCGUCACUUGACCCGUCACGAACUAGGUACAUCCACAUCGUCAUAGAUGGACUGGACGAAUGCGAUCAAGCGACCCAGUCUAAAGUCACAAAGCUUAUGAAACGGAUGGUAUCUGCCGCCUUUUCAUCCGGAUCGACCAUCUGCAAAGUAAUGCUCUCAAGUCGCUCUUCUCCUGCAAUCACGAAAACGGCAAAGCAAUCGCAAAGAGUGUGCCUCUCCAACGAGAACAAGCACCUCGAAAGGGCUAUCGAGGUGUAUGCAGGGCACAGGCUUUCCCUCCUCGAAACGGAGCUUUCUCAACUACAGGUUACUCCUGACGAUAUCUCUGACCUGAGUUGUCGCAUUGCGAAAAGGGCAGAAGGAAUGUUUCUUUGGGCCCGACUCGUACUAGAUUACUUGGCAAACAAUAUGUUUUUGCAGCGAGAGGAGGUUUUGUCAGCACCUGAAGCCUUACCCCGAGCACUACAGCAGUUCUACGAGAAGAUCUUGACACAUAUAACUAGUCAUUUUGACGAGCGGUCCCUGGAGCGCAUGAAACUAAUUUUUGAGUGGAUCGCUUUCGCGAAAAGACCCCUUCGAAAGGCUGAGUUCCGAUCUGCAUUGGCUUUUAGCUCUGGAAACCCGGAUACUGGCGAACUAGCGCCCCAAUAUCUCUUUGAUAAGUGCAGUCCGCUGAUAGAGGAGCGAUACGACUCGACAUUCGCAUUUAUCCAUGUUUCUGUCAGAGACUAUCUAGAAAGCAGUGACAGCAUAAUGGCCAUUGAUGAGUCUAGCAGCAUCAGAUCACAUGGACAAGCAAUUGCAGCUUGCCUUGUCUCUGGUUUGCAAAUAUUCACGCCGAAUUAUCCCGAACACAAGCGGCAACUGAGAGUUCUGCGUGGCAUUCAUGCCUUCCAUACGUAUGCCAGCCAAUAUUGGGUGCACUAUGUUCUUGAUACUUGCGAUUCUCCCGAGACUAAUCACGGAUCCAAUUUCUUGACCUUAUGCAGCGAGCUCUGCGCCAAGUUCAAUCCAGCGUCUGACACUUGUCACAGCGCGGAUAUCGGGGCGCCCCCUUGUCUUGAUCCACGACUGGCGGCAGUUCAUUUUGUGGACAAAUCCUUAGGCGCAGUAGUUCAGCGAAUCUUGGAACAAGAGCGGAACCAGUAUCUUGAAGAGCCAUCGCCAGAAGAUGACUCUGUCAGUGACAUAGUUGAAGUGACAAGCCUCAAAUCACUACUGAAUAAUUACCAACAAACCAUACGACAGUUACUAUCGUUGCCAGGUUGUACAGGAGUCAGCUUUCAUAAUCUCGAGAGAUUUAGACAAGAAUUCCGAUCCUCUGCAUUUACUUGUCGCCUGCCUUCGUGUCGGCGCUCGGUAGAGGGGUUCGAGACCCACUCCCUUCUGGUUGCCCAUGAAUCCUCGCACCGUAGGAUCUUAUGUGAGGUACAGGGAUGUCUAUAUCCGCCAUUUAUAAGCAUCGAGGCUCUGCAACGACACCAGAUAAAAUAUCAUGAUUUGCAGGUGGCUAACAUAAGAAGAACGAUUAUCAAAGAGGCACCGGGGCAGCCUGCAAGAUUCAAAAAUCUCAUAAUGGCUGGCACCGUUAAACUACGGAUAUAA